AUGAUCAAAAGAUUUUUUGCUAAGACUUCAGGAGUUGUGUUUUAUUCAGUCAGUUUUGCAUCUGUUUUUCACUGCUUUUUUGAACAUAUUGCCAGCUUAAUUGUGGCAGAUGGACCAUCUAUGCAGCCCACCAUUUAUACUGAUGAUAUAUUGUUAUCCGAGCAAAUUAGUGUAAAGAAUGAAAAGAUUAUAAAGGGUGAUGUUGUACUAGUGAAAUCCCCUACUGAUCCAUUAGGUAUUAUAAUUAAACGAGUGAUUGGUAUGGAGGGAGAUAUGGUCUUUAAUUAUUCAUCACAAUCUUUUAAAUAUGUACCAAGAGGUCAUGUAUGGCUAGAAGGUGAUAAUAAAUCUAAUUCUACUGAUUCUCGAGAAUAUGGUCCAGUACCUUAUAAUUUACUACAUGGCAGAAUAUUUCUGAAGGUGUGGCCAAUUGGUGAUGUAGGAUUUUUAGGACUGCGAGACUAG